CGUUGACGCAGCCACAUGAACUCUCCCUAAGAUGGCGGCCGCCGCCGCGCGGGAGAGUGGGCGGGGCCCUCAGCUUCCGUCGCUGGCCGGAAGUGACGACUGGCACCCAUGGCUGCCGCAAGAGAGCCCCAGGAGCCGGAGAGGAAGCCCUUUAAGCUCCUAGGAAUUUUAGAUGUUGAGAACAUUCCAUGUGCACGAGAAUCUAUUCUGUAUGGCUCACUAGGAUCUGUUGUGGCUGGACUUGGACAUUUCUUGGUGACCAGUAGAAUUAGGAGAUCAUGUGAUGUUGGAGUAGGAGGAUUUAUUCUGGUGACUUUAGGAUGCUGGUUCCAUUGUAGGUAUAAUUUUGCUAAACAAAGAAUCCAGGAGAGAAUCGCCAGAGAAGGAAUUAAAAAUAAGAUUUUAUAUGAAAGCACCCACCUUGAUCCUGAAAGAAAACUCAAGAGCAGUAACAACAGCUGAGCAACCCUGAGCGUAGAGAACCCAAACUGAACUACUUACUCCUCUGGAGCACCACAAAUGUAUAUACUGUGUUCAAUAAAAAAAAAACCUCAUUGUGUGUGAA